AUGAAAAUCGACAAAAACAACUGUUUUCAAUUACUUGAAUAUUAUUUCGAUUCUUGUUCAAAUGAUAAAAUAAAAGAAUGCUGCCAAUUCAUAUCAUCACAUUUUUAUGAAAUUGAUUCGAACCGACUUAAAACUCUCUCAACCAAAUUUGGUAUUGACAUUCUUCAACAAAUAUUUAACAGUGACAAACUUGAAAUCGAAAGUGAAGAUUCAUUAGCAGAAUUCAUUAUUUCUCUAGCUCAAUACAAUAAUGAUUUCUAUUCAUUGAUUGAAAGCAUUCGUUUAGAAUUUUGCAGCGAAAAUAUCAUUAAAGCAAUCAAAGAUUUAACCAAUUCAAACAAUUAUCAAUCCAUUGUAAACUCACUAUCAGAUCCAUUAAUCCGCUCAAGAAAUUCUAACUUAAUGGAUAGAACUAAAAAUAUUCCUAUCGAAACGAAUUAUUUCGGAAGUGGAAAUGUUGAAAUAUCUGCCUCAUCUGCAUUUCAUGGAUCCAUUGAUAUAAUUAAUAAAUAUAGCGAAGAUUCUUAUUUCCAAUCUGAUAAUAUUCCUAAUUCAUGGGUUGAGUGGAAAUUAAAGCAAAACUAUUCAAUUCAACCUACUGAAUAUAUUGUUAGAACGCACAAUAAAAAAUGCAGUUGCUCUCGCCUUAAAUCAUGGAAAGUCGAAGGUACUACUAUUAAUGGAGAAACUAAAGUCAUCCACGAAGUGAACGAUUCGCCGCUUGACAAUGGAGAAAUACGAAAAUAUUCACUUAUUACAAAAGAUAAAUUUAUAUCGUUCAAAUUAAUUCAAACAGGCAAAACUACUAGGAACAAUAAUUGUUUAUUUCUUGAUAUUUUUGAUUUUUCAGGUAAAGUUUUCAACAAUUAA